AUGGAAAAUAAUCGUUUGAACAAGGAUUAUUUGAGUUUUUUUCUUACUUUCUUCCUUUUUCGUCUCUGUCUUUCUUUCUUCGUUCUUUUUUCUUUCUUUUUACGUUUCUUUCUUUAUCCAUUCUAUAUUUCUUUCUUUCUCUCUUUCUUUCUUCGAUUCUUUCUUAAAUUCUUUCUUUCUUCCUUUCUUCGUUUCUUUCUUAAUUUCUUCGUUUCUUUCUUUUUCCUUUCUUUCUUAAUUUCUUUCUUUCUUCGCUUCUUCCUUUCGUUCAUUUCCUUUAUUUCUUUUUCCUUUGUUUGUUUGUUUGUUUGUUUGUUUGUUUCUUUGUUUCUUUCUUUCUUUCUUUCUUUCUUAGUUUCUUGUUUUCUUUCAUUCUUUUCCUCUCUUUCUUACUUUCUUUCUUUCUUCAUUUCAUUUUUCUUUCUUUCUUCGAUUCUUUGUUUAUUUCUUCGUUUCUUUAUUUCUCUCUUUAUCCUUUCUUUUCCUUUCCUUUCUUUCUUUCUUUCUUUCUUACAUUCUUUCUUCAGUUCUUUCUUUCGUUCAUUUUCCUUUGUUUGUUUGUUUCUUUCUUUCUUAGUUUCUUUUUUAUUUCAUUAUUUUCCUCUCUUUCUUUCUUUUUUCUUUCUUUCUUCCUUUUUUCAUUUAAUUUUCCUUCUUUCUUCGAUUCUUUCUUUAUUUCUUCGUUUCAUUAUUUCUGUCUUUAUCCUUUCUUUCUUUCUUCUUUGUUUCUUUCUUUUCCUUUUUCGUUUUUUCUUUCUUUCUUUUUCCUUUAUUUCUUCGUUUCUUUCUCUUUUCUUUUCUUUCCUUUUUCUUUCUUGUUUCUUCCUUCCUUACUUUCUUCUUCGUUUCCUUCCUUCUUUUUCUUUCUUUCUUUCUUUUUCCUUGAUUUCUUUGUUUAUUUCUGCGUUUCUUUUAUUCUUCGUUUCUUCCUUUUUCCUUUCUUUUUUCUUUUGUUUCUUUCUUUUUUGUCCUUUGUUUGUUUCUUUAUUCGUUUUCUUUUUCUUUCUUUCUUUCUUUCUUUCUUUUUUCUACCUUCUUUUCUUUCUUUCGUUCUUUUUACUUUCCUUCUUUCUUUUAUCUUGUUUUCUUUCUUCUUCGUUUCUUUCAUUCUUCUUUUCUUUCUUUCUUUUAUGUCCUUUGUUUUCCUUCUUUCUUACUUCUUUUCUUUAUUUCUUUUUUCUUUCUUUUUUCUACCUUCGUUUCUUUCUUUCUUUUUAUGUUCCUCCUUUCUUUUUCCUUGAUUUCUUUCUUUCUUUCUUCGUUUCUUUCAUUAUUCGAUUCUUCCUUUUUCCUUUUUUUUCUGUUUUUCUUUCUUUUUUGUCCUUUGUUUCUUUCUUACUUUCUUUCUUUCUUCGUUUUUUAUUUCUUCGUUUUUUAUUUCUUUUUUCUUUCUUUCUUUUUUCUACUUUCGUUUCUUUCUUUCUUUUUACUUUCCUUCUUUCAUUUUCCUUUCUUUCUUUAUUCUUCCACCGUUUCUUUCUUUCUUUCUUCCUUUCGAUCCUUCCAACCCAUCCUAUUCUUUAUGAUUUCCUCCUCUGCCCGUUCUCUUCCUUCCUUCCUCUCAACCAUCGAUUCUUCCUGUAUCUCAAAAUCGUCAUAUCCGUUGGAAUAUUAUUCCGCCCACCGACUUUCUGA